CGAAGACACACCCCAGCCGUGGGCUUUUAGGAUCUUUGCUCUCUCUCCGAACUUCAUAAUUCUGGGUAACCCGUUCACCACAGACAAAAUGGGCAAACCGGAAUCCGCUCCUUCUCCCGCUCAAGGUGUAGGCCCUUUCUACAGGCCGGAGGACGAGAAGCCCACAGCAACUGUGUCCAAGGAUAUAUCUUAUGAGAAUGUCCAUGUCUUACCCCAGACCCCUCAACUUAUCGCCCUUCUGACCAUGAUCAGAGACAAGAAGACCAGCCGUGCCGACUUCAUAUUUUAUUCUAACAGGAUAAUCCGCCUUCUCGUCGAAGAAGGCCUCAAUCAUUUACCGGUGGUUGAGCAAUCUGUCACCACACCCGUAGGGCGUGUUUAUCUUGGAGUUAGAUUCGAGGGCAAAAUCUGUGGCGUUUCUAUCAUGAGGGCAGGAGAAGCGAUGGAGCAAGGCUUGAGGGACUGCUGUCGAUCCGUCCGUAUUGGAAAGAUAUUGAUCCAGAGGGAUGAGGAGACCUGCAAACCGAAACUCUUUUAUGAGAAGCUCCCAACUGAUAUUUGCAACCGCUGGGUACUUCUGUUGGAUCCUAUGUUUGCCACAGGUGGCUCAGCAACACUCGCGGUUGAGAUUCUGAAGGCCAAGGGUGUUCCAGAAGACCGUAUCCUCUUUCUAAAUCUUAUCGCAAGUCCCUCAGGAGUUGCAGACUUUGCAAAACGUUUUCCUAGACUCAGGGUUGUGACUGCAUUUAUAGACCAAGGCUUGGACGAGAGAAAGUAUAUCAUCCCGGGCCUUGGUGACUUUGGUGAUCGAUAUUAUACGUUGUGAUCGGGGGCUCGUACUCCGAUAAAAGAUUUUGAGGUGCCUGGGCUAUAUCGAUCUAUUCUCUUUAAAUACCAUUACAUUUAUCAUGCCUAUUCCGGUGGAAUGGAGGUGUCAAUAGAGUCAUCUAAAGUUUAGCAAUGCAGAUUUGGCCAUAACU